AUGUUCGCUGCAGGAUCUCCAGACCCUUCGCGCGAGGAGUCUCCAGCCACAGUGCUCACCGCUAGCAAUGCCAAGGUUGCAGGAAAGAAAAGGAAGCGCGUUCCUGGUGCUGCUUCCUCUCCAGCUCCCUCAGACCUUGGUAAUGCAUCACAAUCAACUCCUCCUCCAGAAACGCGGUUAUCAGCAGCUGGCCCGCUAGCCAAGUAUCGCGACCCCAUUUUCGUGGCCAUCUCAGAAGGUUCAGAGUACUACAACACCGAGCAGCUACCCAUGAAUCGAAUGGGAUUCCGAUACAUACCGGCAGGAGCAACCCUUUCUAAUGGCAUACUAACAUGUCAUACAACUGAAACUACGCCGGCAUCUUACCGCGUCAGCUGGGAGGACCGAAGUCCAUUCGUCAGAGUCACGAAGGACGGGCUGGGUCUACUGGGAGAUAAGGGCUUCCGGAGUGCGCGCUGUAACGCUCCGAUUCGCGAAGGAAGUUGGUUUAUGGAAGUGAAGAUUGAGAGGGGAGGGGGCGAACACUCAGGAGACAAUAAUCAGCCCGAGGGAAGCCAUGUACGACUAGGUUGGGGGAGGCGCGAAGCACCUUUGAACGGUCCGGUGGGUCUCGAUGGCUAUAGCUAUGGAAUACGUGACAAAAGCGGUGAGAAAGUCACUCUGUCUCGCCCUCGACCGUAUGGGAGACCCUUCAAGUCGGGGGAUGUAGUAGGAAUGUAUAUCUCACUGCCGCCUCGUCGCAAAGCCAACCCCAAGGACCCCAACGAUCCCGCUCAUCUCAAGCGACAACGAAUUGCCAUCGACCUAAGAGGACAAACAUAUUUCGAGGCAUUGGAAUACCCUCAGUGCAAAGAAAUGACCUCCCUCAUGGACUACUCCGGGAAGUCUACUAGUUCCGCUUCUGUCCCCUCCUCCGGCAAGAAAUCUGCCACGGUUAAAAAUCUCCCCGAGCGAGGUCGACCAAAGGCUACACAGCCAGAGGCUGCUACCACCCGUCCCCUUCCGACUUUAUCCAACUCUUCGAUCGCCUUCUUCGUAAACGGAGAAUUUCAGGGAGCUGCCUUCGAGGAUCUCUACGAUUAUCUACCACUUAAAGCGACAGAUUCGUCGCGUAAAGUUAAAGAGAAGAGGCGGACGCGCGACAACGCUCAUGAACAUAAGGAAAACCCUUUCGACGAUGGGCAGCUCGGCUACUAUCCAUUCAUCUCCCUCUAUAAUUAUGCCAAAGUUCGUAUAAACCCUGGACCCGACUUUGACUACCCUCCUCCCCCAAAUAUGCAUGCACUCCUGACCGGUGACGCGGAGAGCAAGAUGGAUGUAGAAAGUAAACAGCGUACAUGGCGCCCCAUUUGCGAACGUUACGCCGAGUUUAUGGAAGAAGAAUGGGCCCUUGAUGAAGUCGACAUAGCGGAAGCCAAGGCCGAAGCUGCGCGGCGGGCACUUGUCGAGAAACAGGAGGCGGACAAGCGAGAGCAGAGGCAAAAGAAGCGAGCCCAAGCUGAAGCCCGAAAGAAAAAGAAACUAGCCCAGCCCGCAGCUACUCCACCGUUGGAUGAUGAUAGGUUUGGGCCAAAUCUCGGGUCCCUAUUGUCAUCAACGACUGCCCAACCCAGCCCUCUUCGACAUGGUGUUGCUUACCAGUAUGAGGACCUCGAUAAAGAGGCACAAUCUCCUGCUCCAACGGUGGCAUCAAUGGCCGAAGCGCAGGAUAUAGCAAGUGGCUACAAUUCGGAGUUCGGGGACGGUGUAAUGGACGAAGUAGCCGACGAAGCCUUACAAUACCGUUUCAUGCCAUCUCCCCAACCUUCGGAUGGGCCAUCCGGUAUCUUAGAACAGGAGUAA